AUGAAGACACCGAAGGCAGACGAAGACCAGAAGGAAGAACAGCGAUCACUGGGGGAGAUCAACGCCAGAGCCUUUCCGAGCGCACCAUCAACUCAGCAAGACCUGAUAGACAGACGACACCAAAAGAGCAACAAGCAUCCUCGUCAGACCGAAAAAGCUGGCCAUAAGGGAUCGGAACGGCACCUCGAUCAGGACGGAGAGGCGCUUAAGAUUCCUUCAAAGUUGGUCGAUCCAUGUCAAGCGGCACGAAAAGCCUCACAUAGAUGUCUUGAUAGAAAUAACUACGACAAAUCGCUUUGUUAUGAUUACUUUGAAGUAUACAGGGAGUGUACCAAGCGAUGGGUAGAUUCCAAGAAAAAGUAG